UAAAAUAAUCCAAGCAUUAAAAUGAGUAGUGGAGGUGGUAAGAAGCAAAUGGGUCUGUAUAUAUUUGAAAGUAGGGCCAAUGGAACAGAGGAGUCCAGGAGGGUUCCAAGAUUAUUGGCUUGCAUAACUCUUAAGAAUACUGUUGCCAUUAAUUGAGGAUGAAGACUAGGAGCUAUUCUUUUGGUGGGGGGAGUGGGGGGUGGAAUCAGGAGCUUAGUUUUCAUCAUGUAAAUUUGAAAUGUCUGUUACACAUUUAUGUAGGCAAUUGACUAUUAUAUAUAACGUAGCUUUAUUGAACUCUGAGGAGGCACUGUUUUAAAUGCAUUGCCCUCAGUCAUUCUUGUGGUCCUCAGAGCAGCCCAAUGAAGUGGAUUUUUUUACAGGUGAGUAAACAGGGCUUAAGUAACUUGCCUAAUGUCACAGCUAAUGAGAGAGAGCUAGAAUACAAAUCUAGGCAGUCUGACUUUAAAGCCCAUGGUCUUAAUCAUUAAGCAAUAUCGAUUCUCAGAGGAUGCCCGGCACAUAGUAGUAGGCAGUCAACAAGUAUUACGUCAGUGAAUGAAUGAAACAAUAAAAGGCACAGAUGGGGGGCUGCUAUCUUCAGAGUCCUCCUAUGUUCGUCAUUUUUCUUGGUGGUCUCUGACACCACGCUUAAGUAAGGGAGAAAGAUUAAAGAGGGGUGGCUAAUGCUAGUGACAACGACUCUCAGAUGGUUUAGUUUCUACCAGAAAGGCCCCGUUUAACCCGAACGCAGAAGCUCGGCUUUUAGUGCAUUUAUUCAUACUAGGAGUACUGCGAGCAGCCCAAUUUCUGCUUCAGGCAACAUUAACUUUGCAGUAAUCUAGUUACCACAUUUCGCUGGAGAAACCUAAAGAGGUAGGAACUUUAUGCGCAAACUUUACAGCUCCCGCACGCAUGCGCUCCGCCGGGGAACGUGGUUACUACGGCUGCGCGAAUCGGUGGCCCGGCCCUUCCCCGUCACAUGUCGGGGGACCGCGGCGUGGCGGCGGCUGUGGCGGUAGCGACGGCAGGCCGUAGGGCGGUCGGAGGGUUUCCGGUUCCGGUGUAACGUUCGGGCUCCGUCUCAGGGGCUGAAGUUUGUGAGGAGAAAAGAUGUCUUAAAACAUCUUGAAAGAUUGACUCCCAGAGACCCUGAUUUGUAGCACUGCUGGGAGGAAGUUUGCUUGGAAAUUGAGGUGCAGUACUGAAUCCCAUUUGAGCUACCCUCCUUUUCCUGAAGAAUGGCACUGUCUAAGAGGGAGCUGGAUGAGCUGAAACCAUGGAUAGAGAAGACAGUGAAGAGGGUGCUGGGCUUUUCAGAGCCCACAGUGGUCACAGCAGCACUGAACUGUGUGGGGAAGGGCAUGGACAAGAAGAAGGCAGCUGACCAUCUGAAACCUUUUCUUGAUGAUUCUACUCUCCGAUUUGUGGACAAACUGUUUGAGGCUGUGGAGGAAGGCCGAAGCUCUAGACAUUCCAAGUCUAGCAGUGACAGGAGCAGAAAAAGAGAGCUGAAGGAAGUGUUUGGUGAUGACUCUGAGAUCUCCAAGGAAUCAUCAGGAGUAAAGAAGCGACGGAUACCCCGUUUUGAGGAGGUGGAAGAGGAGCCUGAAGUGAUCCCUGGGCCUCCCUCAGAGAGUCCUGGUAUGCUAACUAAGCUCCAGAUCAAACAGAUGAUGGAGGCAGCUACACGGCAAAUCGAGGAGAGGAAAAAACAGCUGAGCUUCAUUAGCCCCCCUACACCUCAGCCAAAGACUCCUUCUUCCUCCCAACCAGAGCGACUUCCAAUUGGCAACACUAUUCAGCCCUCCCAGGCUGCCACUUUCAUGAAUGAUGCCAUUGAGAAGGCAAGGAAAGCAGCUGAACUACAAGCCCGCAUCCAAGCCCAGCUGGCACUGAAGCCAGGGCUCAUUGGCAAUGCCAACAUGGUGGGCCUGGCCAAUCUCCAUGCCAUGGGCAUUGCUCCCCCGAAGGUGGAGUUAAAAGAUCAAACUAAACCUACACCACUGAUUCUCGAUGAGCAAGGUCGCACUGUAGAUGCAACAGGCAAGGAGAUUGAGUUGACACACCGCAUGCCUACUCUGAAGGCCAAUAUUCGUGCUGUGAAAAGGGAACAAUUCAAACAACAGCUAAAAGAAAAGCCAUCAGAAGACAUGGAGUCUAAUACCUUUUUUGACCCCCGAGUCUCAAUUGCCCCUUCCCAACGCCAGAGACGCACUUUUAAAUUCCAUGACAAGGGCAAAUUUGAGAAGAUUGCCCAGCGAUUACGGACGAAGGCUCAACUGGAGAAGCUGCAGGCAGAAAUCUCACAGGCAGCUCGAAAAACAGGCAUCCAUACUUCAACGAGGCUGGCCCUCAUUGCUCCUAAAAAAGAGCUAAAGGAAGGAGAUAUCCCUGAAAUUGAGUGGUGGGACUCUUACAUCAUCCCCAAUGGCUUUGACCUUACAGAGGAAAAUCCCAAGAGAGAAGAUUAUUUUGGAAUCACAAAUCUUGUUGAACAUCCAGCCCAACUCAACCCUCCAGUUGACAAUGACACACCAGUUACUCUGGGGGUAUAUCUUACCAAGAAGGAACAGAAGAAACUUCGAAGGCAAACAAGGAGGGAAGCACAGAAGGAACUACAAGAGAAAGUCAGGCUCGGCCUGAUGCCUCCUCCAGAACCCAAAGUGAGAAUUUCAAAUUUGAUGCGAGUAUUAGGAACAGAAGCUGUUCAAGACCCCACGAAGGUAGAAGCCCAUGUCAGAGCUCAGAUGGCAAAAAGACAGAAAGCGCAUGAAGAGGCCAACGCUGCCCGAAAACUUACAGCAGAACAGAGAAAGGUCAAGAAAAUUAAAAAGCUUAAAGAAGACAUUUCACAGGGGGUACACAUAUCUGUAUAUAGAGUUCGAAAUUUGAGCAACCCAGCCAAGAAGUUCAAGAUUGAGGCCAAUGCUGGGCAACUGUACCUGACAGGGGUGGUGGUACUGCACAAGGAUGUCAACGUGGUAGUAGUGGAAGGGGGCCCCAAGGCCCAGAAGAAAUUUAAGCGUCUUAUGCUGCAUCGGAUAAAGUGGGAUGAACAGACAUCUAACACAAAGGGAGAUGAUGAUGAGGAAUCUGAUGAGGAAGCUGUGAAGAAAACCAAUAAAUGUGUACUAGUCUGGGAGGGUACAGCCAAAGACCGGAGCUUUGGGGAGAUGAAGUUCAAACAGUGCCCUACAGAGAACAUGGCUCGAGAGCACUUCAAAAAGCAUGGGGCUGAACACUACUGGGACCUUGCACUGAGUGAAUCUGUGUUGGAGUCCACCGACUGAAACUACUGCAAGCCCUUGCCUCUCCCCUCCUGCCCUUGUCUCUUCAGUCCGCUCAUUCUACUUCCCAACCCAGUCCCACAUGUGUGUGUGAUCUCAGAACUGUGCCAAGCUGACAUUGGGACAAAGGGAAAACACCUUAGUCCUUUCCCCAGUCAGUCUGGCGCUGCCCUUUAUUCCCCUUAUGUGCAUAUGAUUAAAGAGUUAUUUUUAAA